GAGCAUAGUUGACUGGAUCAACAGCUGUGACACAAGCAGGGACACACAAACCGGUUUGAGAGAUUCUUUUUUUAUUUUUUUUUUCCCUGGUCGUCAUCUUUUGUUCACUACAGGAGUAUUUCUAAAUGGAUGUGUAGCUGUGGAUUACAGGAGAGGGAGUGUUGAAUUAUUUUCUUGGAGUUAUCUUUUAACCAUCAACUCAAAUCAACAGGAAACCUCAUAAGGAUUUUUUUUUUCAAACUUUCUUUUCAGUUCAACAACCCUUGGAAGAUCAUCAUCAGCCGUUUUUUAAAAUGCGUUUGUUUCGCCGGCGUGUGUCUCCUCUGAAACUGGUUCUCCUGGGAGGCACUCUCUUCAUGGCAGCCCUGGUGGUUCUCCAGAGGGACGUUGGCUCUGCAGCUGCCGGGGACCCCUGGCUGCAGGGGCUGGUCAACAAAGGGGACAAGAUGAUGGUCAUGGUCAGAGAGGCCGUGAACAACAUCGGCCACCAGAUCAAAGCUCCGGAGGCCCCACCGGUGCAGGAGCUGCCCAGCCAGGAUCCCAAAUGCCCAACUGGGUUUUACACCAGGGCGGAGCUCAGACCUCACAUUGAGAGACCACCUCAGGACCCCCAAGGCCCUGGAGCUGAUGCCAGGGGAUUUCAGAAAGACCAGAUGACCCCUGAUGAGGAGAAGGAGAAGGAGGAGGGCAUGACGCGGCAUUGUUUCAACCAGUUUGCCAGUGACCGCAUCUCGCUCAGUCGUAGUCUUGGUGAUGACACAAGGCCCCCAGAGUGUGUGGAGAGAAAAUUUCCUCGGUGCCCUCCUCUGCCUACCACCAGCGUCAUCAUAGUCUUCCACAACGAGGCUUGGUCAACGCUCCUCAGGACAGUCCAAAGCGUCCUUCACACAUCUCCCGCUAUCCUGCUCAAAGAGAUCAUCAUGGUUGAUGACGCCAGUACCGCAGAGCAUCUUAAGAAUCAGCUGGAGGUGUAUGUGCAGCAGUUCAAGAUUGUCCGAGUGGUCAGGCAGCGGGAGAGGAAGGGCCUCAUCACAGCCAGGCUCCUGGGUGCAAGUGUAGCUCAGGCUGAAGUUCUCACCUUCCUUGAUGCACACUGCGAGUGUUUCCACGGUUGGCUGGAACAUCUCUUGAUCCGCAUUGUUGAAGAGCCCACUGCUGUGGUUAGCCCAGAAAUCAGCACCAUCGACCUCAACACCUUUCAGUUCAACAAACCUGUGGCCACUAACCGCGCCUUCAACCGAGGUAACUUCGACUGGAGCCUGACUUUCGGUUGGGAGGCAAUACCCGAGGACGCAAAGAAGCUGCGCAAGGAUGAAACGUAUCCUGUAAAGACACCUACUUUUGCUGGAGGCCUCUUCUCAAUCUCUAAGAAGUACUUUGAACACAUUGGAACAUACGAUGACAAGAUGGAGAUCUGGGGAGGAGAAAACGUAGAAAUGUCUUUCAGGGUAUGGCAGUGUGGGGGUCAGCUAGAGAUCAUCCCUUGUUCUGUGGUGGGCCAUGUCUUCCGCACUAAAAGCCCACAUACUUUCCCUAAGGGCACUGAGGUCAUCACUCGCAACCAGGUGCGCCUGGCUGAAGUCUGGAUGGAUGACUAUAAGAAAAUCUUCUAUCGCCGCAACAAGAAUGCUGCAAUUAUGGCCAGCGAGAACAGGUAUGGAGACAUCUCUGAUCGCUUAAAACUGAGGGAGGGGCUUCACUGCAAGAACUUCACUUGGUACUUGGACACGAUUUACCCAGAAAUCUUCAUGCCAGAUUUAGCCCCAGAAAAAUUUGGAGCACUUCAAAACUCUGGCUCCAGAACCUGUUUGGAUGUUGGAGAGAACAACCAGGGAGGUAAACCUGUGAUCAUGUACCAGUGUCACAACAUGGGAGGCAACCAGUACUUUGAGUAUUCAUCUCAUAAGGAGCUGCGCCAUAACAUCGGAAAGCAGCUGUGUCUUCAUGCCACAAACCCACCAGAGUCGGUCAAGCUUGAGCUUUGCCAGUUAAAGGGAAAAGGUACCAGUGUGGCACCACAGCAGGAGUGGAUCUUUACACAGGAAAACCUUCUGAGGAACCCCAGCAGCGGGAAGUGUUUACAGUUGAAAGGAGGUCAGAUUCAGAUGGACUACUGUAAUCCUGCAGAUGCCUCCCAGCACUGGAGCUUCAGCUGACCUCCCAGUGCCCCCACUGGGUGACCUCUGUCUCCUCGUGUCCACCUCCUCCUCAGACUCUGCACAUCGGAGUCAAAUCCUACUCUUCCAGAAGGACCUGCUGCAGAUCUCGGGGCGUUUGGCCACACUGAUGUCCAGUGAAAGAUGGAGGGGGGAAAAAAAGCAAAGACAAUAACAUUUUAUAACAAACCCCCAGUUUAGGGGUUAUUUUAAUUGUUCUUAAAUAUAUUUAUUGAGAAAUUAUGUGUGGUUGGGGAUCUUCAGACAUGUAAAGACUUUGCAUUGAGGAGCGGCAGCUUGAAAAAGGUUUUUAAAUACAGUGAGUUUAAUUCACUUGUUUAACUCCUGGCUGAACUUUUUUUUGUCUGACAAUGAAUUUUGAAAUGUUAAAUGUGUCAGAGUCAAGAGUAAGAGAGAUCUGUCUUUAAAUAAAUCAUAUGGUUUUAUUUUUAAUAAAAAAUCUUCUGUUUUUGAUCAAUUUUAGUUCACCUUAGAUAUUUACAAUAUUAAUUCAGACAUUUUAUACAGAAUUAUUUUGUACUGUAAUGCCAUUUGUGUGUCGUGGCUAAUUAAUGAACUCUAUAGAACAAUCAACCCUUUCUUGCCAUCCCAGAAUUUUCCAACUGAUUUUUAGACCGGGUAAUAAAUCAACAUA